UUAUUUGGUAUCGGUACAGAUAGGGUGCCGUGCUGUGGGUGUUAGGCAGCAUUUCAUUUAAACUUAAGAAAGUUGCGAGCGGAUUGGAUCAGGCUGUCUGCCGCGUGUAUCUGCUGGUGUAAAGCCGAAACAGCAUCAGCGUCGGGAUUCUGUUCUGCAGCAUGCGGAGAAAGGGGGGAUAAAAACACAAUAAAGCAGCAUUGCCGACAAUUAUCCUUCAAGCAGCCACUAAGGGGAGUCUGACGCUGGACCUCCCUCCAUGGUUUCUAUGACAACAUAUGGGAGUAGAGUCUUUGAGGCUAAGUGCUUUGCUAAAGCAGGUGUCGUAUUCCAGAGCUCUCUGGAUUCUAUAAGUAGCGGCAGCCCAGGAUCUUCAUCGUACCCAUUUUCCAAACAUUUAUUAUUAUUUUUUUAAAUUUGGUUUCAUUCAUUUCUAUUGGUCGCUGCAGAACAUCAGGGAGAGAAGAUGGUUCACCACUCGGGGUCUAUUCAGUGCUUUAGACAGCAUAAAGGUAUGUUUAAAAGUAAAAGUGGAACCGACAAGGUGCAUCAAAUGAAGCCCUCAAGGAGGAGCAUGCCAUGUUUAGCCCAAAGUCAAACACACCCUCAGCAUCUCAACAAACAUACUUCUGUACAAAAUCGGGUGCAACCCCAGCCGGUUAGCGAAGGGACAACAGAAAGUGAUCUAGAACAGCAAAGAGAUUCAACAAAGGAUACUUACACUGAUGAUUCCGAGCAGGGUGCCUACGACAGCCGCACCGAUCAAUCUCUGCUUAUUCAGCAGAAGCUCACCAGGCAAAAGCAGGGCUCUUGGAAGUCCCAAAAGCCCAAAGAAGAUUUGCUGAAUAGAGAUAAACACAUCUUUGAAAGAUUUCCAACAAAACCAGUUAGGGAUCAAGUGGGCACUGUUGCGUCCCUGGGACUCUUUUUCAAAGACGGAAUAAAGCGCAUUGAUUAUAUCUUGGUGUAUAAAAAGUCCAGCGUGCAACUUGAAAAACGCAGCACCUUUGAAAAGAAUCUCCGAGCUGAAGGUCUAAUGUUGGAGAGAGAAAACGCCUUAACCAACAAUGAUAUCAUGUUCGUCAAAAUCCACUGUCCGUGGGACACGCUGUGCAAAUACGCAGAACGGAUGAACAUCAGAAUGCCCUUUAGGAAAAAAUGUUAUUACACUGACUGGAGGAGCAAAACCAUGGGCAGUUUGCAGAGGAACAUGAGACAGCUUAAAAGCUGGCUGCCCAGAAACCCAAUGAAGCUCGACAAAGAAGCCCUUCCAGACCUCGAAGAGACAGACUGCUACACAGCUCCCUUCAGCCGUGCGCGAAUGCAUCAUUUUACAAUAAACAACAGAGACACAUUCUUUAGCAACUCCACGAGAAGUCGGAUUGUGCACCACGUUUUGCAAAGGACAAAAUAUGAAGAUGGGAAAUCAAAGAUGGGUAUCAAUAGACUGCUCAGCAACGGCACAUAUGAAGCUGCUUUUCCACCACAUGAGGGGAGUUACAAAAGCAGGCACCCAAUCAAAACCCAUGGGGCACAGAACCACAGGCAUUUGCUUUAUGAACGUUGGGCGCGCUGGGGAAUGUGGUAUAAGUAUCAGCCGUUGGAUUUAAUCAGGAGAUAUUUUGGAGAGAAGAUUGGCCUUUACUUUGCAUGGUUGGGCUGGUACACCGGCAUGCUUAUUCCUGCCGCACUUGUUGGAUUGUUUGUGUUUCUGUAUGGAUUAUUUACCAUGGAUUCCAGCCAAGUAAGUAUAGAGAUUUGUGAAGCCAAUGAAACUAUCAUGUGCCCAAUGUGUGAAAAGAACUGUACCCUCCAGCGGCUGAAUGAGAGCUGUAUUUAUGCAAAGGUGACACAUUUGUUUGACAACGGGGGCACGGUAUUCUUUGCGAUAUUUAUGGCCAUAUGGGCUACUGUCUUCCUUGAGUUUUGGAAGAGGAGAAGAGCUGUUCUGACAUAUGACUGGGAUCUCAUUGACUGGGAAGAUGAAGAGGAAGAACUGCGUCCUCAGUUUGAAGCCAAAUAUUCCCAACUGGAGCGUGUUAAUCCAAUCACAGGCAAGCCAGAGCCUUUCCAACCUUUCAGUGACAAGCUCAGUAGACUGAUGGUGUCUGUAUCAGGGAUAUUCUUCAUGAUAUCGCUGGUGUUAACGGCAGUCUUUGCUGUUGUUGUCUACCGUUUGGUUGCUAUGGAGCAGUUUGCAUCGUUUAAUUGGCAUUUUAUUAAAAAGUACUGGCAGUUUGCAACAUCUGGCACUGGGGUUUGCAUAAAUUUCAUGAUCAUCAUGUCACUCAAUGUUGUUUAUGAAAAAGUUGCAUAUCUUCUUACUAAUUUGGAGCACCCAAGAACAGAUUCUGAAUGGGAAAAUAGUUUUGCCUUGAAAAUGUUCCUUUUCCAAUUUGUCAAUUUAAACAGUUCAAUCUUUUACAUUGCAUUUUUCCUGGGCAGAUUUGCAGGGAGGCCGGGGAAAUACAACAGGCUAUUUCAAAGGUGGAGACUGGAAGAGUGUCAUCCCAGUGGCUGCCUCAUAGACCUGUGCUUACAAAUGGGAGUCAUAAUGGUAUUGAAGCAGAUAUGGAAUAACUUCAUGGAACUUGGAUACCCACUGCUGCAGAACUGGUGGUCUCGGAGGAAGAUCAAGAAAGGUGGCCAGAUGGUAGAAAACAAAUGUACUUUGCCCCAGUGGGAAAAAGACUGGAACUUGCAGCCAAUGAAUGCACAUGGCCUUAUGGAAGAAUAUUUAGAAAUGGUUGUACAGUUCGGCUUCACUACCAUAUUCGUUGCUGCGUUUCCCUUGGCUCCACUCCUGGCAUUGCUCAACAACAUCAUUGAGAUAAGACUGGAUGCCUACAAGUUUGUCACGCAGUGGAGAAGACCCAUGCCGGCUCGCGCAACUGAUAUCGGUAUCUGGUAUGGAAUUCUGGAAGGGAUUGGCGUCCUUGCUGUUAUCACCAAUGCCUUUGUUAUUGCUAUCACCUCUGACUAUAUCCCCCGGUUUGUGUAUGCAUUCAAGUAUGGACCAUGUUUAGAUGAAGGCUACCGACAUGAAAAAUGCCUCCAAGGCUAUGUAAAUAGCAGUUUGUCUGUAUUUGAUCUGAAAGAGCUCGGCCAGGGAUAUUCCGGAUAUUGCAGAUACAGAGAUUACCGAGAGCCUCCUUGGAGUUCCAACCCCUACGAAUUCACUUUACAGUUCUGGCAUGUUCUUGCUGCACGGUUGGCUUUCAUUAUAGUUUUUGAGCACCUUGUAUUUGGAAUCAAAUCUUUCAUUGCCUACCUGAUCCCUGAUAUGCCGAAAGACUUGUGUGACCGAAUGAGGAGAGAAAAGUACCUGGUCCAGGAGAUGAUGUACGAGGCUGAGCUGGAACAUUUACAGCGGGAGAGGAAAAAGAAUGGGAAGCACUAUAACCAUGAAUGGCCUUAGCUGACAGCACAAAAGUUUGACUCUGCACAAACCGAAUGGACCAAGAUCUUAUUUUACAACAUAUACAGUAUAUAUAUAUGUAAUAUAUAUAUAUAUAAUGUAUGUGUAUAUUGUAUUUUUUGUAAACUGGAACAGAAGCCAGAAUGGACUGGUCCAUUUGGUGAACUUAAGGAAGAACCUCAAAGCAGAUACCUCGGGAUAAUAGAAGAAGUAUCCUCUUAUAUUUUUCCUUGUUUGAAGGCAAUGCAUGAAGUUCUUUUUCAUUUGGGAUGUUUCCAAAGACCACAUUGACUUGAAAAUACUAUUUGCUUUGUGCUUUCUGGAUAAGACAGAAGAGUUAUUUUUGCAUCUUGUAGGCUGUGUACUGCCCGGAGCAAGCGCAGCUCCUGCCACUGAUAUCAGCAGCUUUGAAAUACCUUGUUACCAUGCAAUGCAUGGAGAUACCAUUUCAACUUGACUCCAUUCUGCUCACCGACGACCUGAGGUUUUCAUAAUGUGGGGAUAGACUCAGAGGAUGGGACUUGGUAAAAUAUUUAAUCCACUACCCCCAUACUGUAUUUAGUAUAGACCAUAACAUACAUAACCUUACAUUAAACUUAAUGAGUAACAAUAAGUUAAAGGCAGUGGUUCCCAAACUGUGGUGAGGAGGGCUCAGACCAUUUCAUGAGCUGUAAGGGGCACUGACCAAAGGAUGGACCUCCAAGUUGGGGUUUGAACUGGGUGGGCAAGAAGCAGGGAUGAGGAAGGCUCAGACUGAAGGAAGGUUAGGAUCAGAUUUGAUGAGAAUACUUCCUUGCUCUUCUAGAUAUACCUUGAAUGCCCAGCCCUUGAAGGACAAGUUGGGUGUGAUGGGGGUUAAAAAUACAUUUGAUUUCCUAGAUACUCUAGGAAAUUCUUUGAAUUAUGGCCGAACGACUGAUUCACUAGUGUUUUUUCUAUAUCUAUUGCCAUUUUAUGAGCUGUAAGGGGCACUGACCAAAGGAUGGACCUCCAAGUUGGGGUUUAAAUUGAAAAAGGCCCACAAGCAUUUGUCUAAAACAAGGGUUGUUGGACAUUUCCAAGGUCUAAGUUGUGCUCAGCUCAUAUCCAAGCUACAGAUAUAGGAAAAACCAAUGUUGUAUCAGUCAUUUGGCCUUAGUACCAGGCCCACAGUUUUGGAUCCACUGUUCUAUGAAGUUGAUGUUUUUGUUUAUUCCUUACAAGUUCUUGCCAUUGCAGCAGAUUCUGGAAUUAGAGUAGAAGAGGUCUGACAGAUGCAGGGACUCUCUUAAAUGCCACAAAUGGCUUAGCAUGUAACAUGCCACAUACACAAAUAUCUCAUGGUAUCUAUCUGUCUGCCAUUAUAAGAAUGGUCUGUUGUCUAUCACAUAAAAAACUGUGAGGCAGAACUUGGCAGGUAUCGACUGAGGCACCUAAUUAUUUGCCUUCUUCUUCUGACUCCUUCCAACUUUCAAAUGGGGGUCACUGACCCCAUCUAAAAAAACAAA